AUGGGCGUCAGUAUUCCGGAAAAAGAUGGCGAGAGCGUCAAUAUCGAAUAUGCCGCUGGAAUAAGUGAAAAGGUUGUUGAUCCACAGCGUGCGAGAUUGCCAGAAGUUCUCCAGCAAUUUUCAGAUGAGGAACUGGCUUCGAUGGAGAAAAAGCUAGUCCGCAAGGUGGACUUCCGAAUUCUCCCUAUUUUGGUCCUCCUCUUUUUAUUGAAUAUCUUGGAUCGAAAUGCAAUUGCCAAUGCUCGUUUGGGGACCUUUGAAGAAGACCUGGGAUUGAGUGGAGUACAAUACCAGACCACUGUUAUGGUUCUCUGGGCUGGUUAUAUUACAAUGAUGAUUCCCUCGAACAUGCUUCUAUCUAUCUUCAAGCCUAGAAUUUAUCUCCCAACUGUGGUUAUCAUUUGGGGUAUUGUAUCAGGGGCGACCGGUUUCGUCCAUAACUAUGCUGGGGCCGUAGUACUUCGUUUCUUAGUUGGUGUAACAGAAGCACCGUACUUCCCGGGAUGUAUCUUUUACCUCUCAUGCUGGUACACGCGAGCCGAGCUUCCCUCACGCAUUGCUAUUUUCUAUUCCGGCUAUACCCUGGCAUCUGCUUUUGGAGGACUUCUCGCUGCAGGAAUCCUGGGUGGUAUGGAUGGGGCUGGUGGUUACCCAGGAUGGCGCUGGAUCUUCAUUAUCGAAGGAGCCCUUACGAUUGUAUUCGCAUUCUUAGGAUAUCUCCUCCUACCAAACUAUCCUCAAAACACUCCAUGGCUCAGCCCCGAGGAGCGCGCGCUUGCUUCAUAUCGGCUUUCACAUGAGGUUUCUGGCGAAAACGAUGACGUGGAAGAAUCGGUUUUCGUUGGCCUCAAGCAAGCUAUUGUCGACCCGAAGGUGUGGCUUCUUGUUUUUAUUCAGACGGCUGCCGUUGUUGGGAUGAGCUUUACUUAUUUCUUCCCCACAAUCGUCCAGACGCUUGGAUACCGCCCAAUUAUCACUCUGCUCCUUACUGCCCCACCAUACUUCGCCGCAUUCUUCUUCUCCAUCGCAAACUCGUGGCAUAGCGGCAGGAGCAAUCAGCGCACCCCCAAUAUCGUUUUUGCUUGUUGUAUGAGCGCUAUUGGGCAAAUUAUUUCAACCACUGUCCCCCAGACAGGAGGUCGAUACUUCGCAAUGUUUUUGCAAGCCAUGGGCGCUUUCUCCGCCUUCCAAGUCAUUCUCUCCUGGGUCUCUUCAACUAUCCCGCGCCCCAAGGCGAAGCGCGCGGUUGCUUUGGCCUUGGCUACUGCAAUCAGUAACGCUACUAACAUCAGCACUGCUUACCUAUACCCGAAGACAGAUGGCCCCAUGUAUCGGAAAGGGUGCAUUGUUCUCACGGUUGCCGAAGUGUCUUGCGCCGUUGCAGCUCUCGGACUCAGGUGGUGGCUGAAGAAAGACAACGAUAAGGCUGAUCGGGAAACUGGAUCAGAGGGUGUUGAAAAUGGAGAAGGCGCCUCCUUCAGAUAUGUUUUGUAA